GACUCUCGAUCUACUGAUAAAGAUGAACUUUCUACCAAACUGCACCAGAAGACAUUAAUGGCUGUAAAGAUGCGUGGGAUGCUUUGUGCACUCGCAGCACUGCUGCUGGCUGCAGCAUGGGCAGACCACCAACACCACCAUGGCUCUGAUCACAGCCAUCAGGGAGAGCUGAGCUGCCACAAGCUGUCGUCUCCCAAUGCUGACUUUGCCUUUGCCCUCUACAAAAGUCUGAAUGCCCACACUGUUGCUGGAAAGAACAUUUUCUUCUCACCGCUGGGCAUCUCCACCGCCCUGUCCAUGCUGUCUACAGGGGCCGGUGGUGAAACCCACAGCCAGCUGUUCUCCAGCUUGGGCUACAGCACCUUAAACCAGACUCAGGUCAAUGAAGCAUACGAGCAUCUUUUCCACAUGUACGGACACAGCCAGGAGGAUCAGCGGCUGGAUGUUGGUAACGCUGUGGCUGUGCGCUCUGGCUUCACUCCUCUGGAGAAGUUCCUGAACGAUGUCAGGCACUACUACUCUGGUGAGGUCUUCAACGUUGACUUAACCAAACCUGCAGAGGCUGCAGCUGAGAUCAACAGAUUCAUUGCUAAUAAAACCCAGGACAAGAUCAAAGACAUGGUGAAGGACCUGGACCCUGAUAUGGCCAUGGUGCUGAUCAACUAUGUUUACUUUAAAGCACAGUGGAAAUCGCUCUUCAACCGUGACCUGACACAUAAGACGGACUUCCAUGUGGACAAGACCACUAAAGUUCAGGUGGACAUGAUGAUGAGGACGGGUUACUACGACACCUACUGGGAUGUUGGCAACCACACCACUGUCAUCAUGCUGCCCUACAAUAGCAGCACCUCCAUGAUGAUCGUCCUGCCUGAUGAAGACAAGAUGGAGGAGGUGGAGGGCCACAUCAACAAGGACUAUAUCCGGCACUGGCGCAACUCAGUCUCCAUGAAAUAUGUGGAUGUGUUGCUGCCAAAGUUUUCCAUCUCUGCUGAUGCAUCCCUGGAAAACACACUGCAAGAAAUCGGUAUAACCAAUGCUUUUGAAAACAAGGCUGAUUUCUCUGGCAUGUCUGAAGAGGUCAAGCUCAAAGUCUCAAAGGCGUCCCACAAGGCUGUGCUGAGUGUCACUGAGAUGGGAACAGAGGCAGCAGCCACCACCAUUAUUGAGGCAGUGUGGUUUAUGUCCACACCAUCAGUGAGAAUUGACAGACCCUUCUUGGUCUUCAUCCUGGAGACCUCCACCAAGAGCAUCCUCUUCAUGGGCAAGAUCAACAACCCCACAGCCAUGUAAAGAUUAAAAUGAGGAAAUGAGAGUCAUGGUCACAUAAUCAACAAUGAAAAUAAAAUAAUAGAAAUAAUUAAUAAGUAUCACUGAAGAACAUUUGGUUGAUGUAAAUGAGAAGUAGGGCUGCAACUAUCAGCACAAAAUGAAUCAGCAAAUACUAUGUUUAUAAUACAGUAAUCCUUUUCAGUAAUUUUUCACGCGUAAAUUUAACAUUUGGUUUCUCAAAUGGGAGAAUUAGCUGCUUUUAUUUGCCUUACUCUUAUGCUGCCUACUCUCUCCAUUCCAAUACGUCAUUUCCUUGCGUCAGUGUUGGUAUGUAUCUGAGAGGAAGGUGCACAUGCCUCUCACUCAUCUGAUCAACAUUUAUAACAGCUGUGAACUUGUGAUGUUUGAGAAAUGUUUGUUCUGCAGGAGAAUGUCCUAGGAACAUUUUUCCCAUUAAUUGUCGUUGCACUGGUUAAGCUAAUAAUUUUUUUGUUGCUCCUUUUUGUGGACGACCUGAGUACCUUUUUUUCCCCUGAAAAAGCAGCACCUGCAUGCUGGU